UAAAUACUGACAUCCGUAAUAUUGAACAUAUUAUGAACAAUUUUGUGUGUUAAAAAUUUGGUGAGAAAACGAGAGAUAUGAGUUCCCACGAAGACGACGAGGAAGAAGGACCAUCUGUAGAUUCUGCAAAUGCAGAAGAACGGAUAGCUGCACGAAGAAUCCGGAUACAAAGACGUCUCGAAGCCGCGAGAAGGGAAGCAAGUGGAGAGGAUGCUGCGAAGAAGAAGCCAGUUGAUUCAGAGAAAGAUGCACUUAAAAGCCGAAAACAAAUGGAAGACAGUAGACAGCGCUUGGUGAAACUGAAAUCUGAUGGCACGGAACUUGUCACAAAUGUCCAUGUUGCAGCUGAUGCAAGAGAGUCAACAAGAAGACUUGAGGAGGAAGAGCAACGAAGGCAAAGAAAUGAGAAGCUUGAAGCCGAGGCCAAGUCUGCUACUGAAAAAUUUGAGGAGAUCACUAAGAAAUGGGAGUAUGCUCUUUCCAAAGAAAUUCCUCAAGACUUGAAUGCAAUGUUGACAGAGCAAAAAGGUGCCUGUGACAGUAUGAUAGAUGAGAAAAAUAAGCUUAUCCAUGACUUUCAACAGGAGCUUAAAGCCAAAGAUGACCAGUACGUGAAAGACCUGAAAAAAGCUGCUGAAGAUGUUGACCUCAUGGUAGAGAGAAUGGAAGAACAGAUGAAACAGUUGACAAAAGCUUACAGAGAGGAACUCACUCAGAUUGAGAAAGCUUUUGUAACUGAACGAGGUGAGCUGAUUGAUAAUAACAGAAAGAAAUGGGACACCUCCAUGCAACAGAGACGUGACAAGGAGGUUGAGUACAUGGAUUCUCGACGUAAAAGAGUUGAAGACCAUGAAAAUCAGUUACAAACAUUGAGAGUCCAGGACGCAGAGGAAUACAACAUGGUGAAGAUCAAACUGGAGACAGAUGUACAGAUAUUGGAACAACAGCUACAGCAAAUGAAAGCCACAUACCAGUUAAACCAAGAAAAGCUGGAGUAUAACUUUCAAGUGCUGAAGAAACGUGAUGAGGAAAACACUAUCACAAAAUCACAACAGAAACGUAAAAUCACCAGACUUCAAGAUGUCCUAAAUAAUCUUAAACAGAAGCUGGCCAAGCAAGAAAAACAAUAUAGAGAGGACAAUCAAAGCUUAACAGACGAUUACAAAAGAAUCACAGAACAGUUUAGAGAACUACAAAAAAAGUCAAGACAUUUUCAGACAACAGAUCAAAAGAAGUUUCAGGAUGUGUGGGCCAUGAACGAGGAGCAAGUCAGGGAACUGGUGCACAGUGUGCUGGAGGCAGACAGAAUUAUUCAUGAACAUCAAUUGGGUCUGCCUUGGGAGCCACCUAAUCUAGAUUUCAUGGACACUCCCAGGACUGCAGAACAGACUUAUGGAAGUAAAGAGCAAAAGAUGUCUGCAACACAGAUGGCUCAUGAGAUCAUGUCAGGAGUUGGGACAGAUGAUGGAGAGGAAGAUAUUGAUAAGAGUUCAGUUGGUGGCAAGCUUGAGAGACAGAUGGCAGGAAAGAAAUUGUCUGCUAAAACCAUCAAAGCUGUAUUGGAACUCAUCUGUGAUGAAGCUGGAUUUCUUGUAGAGUCCAAACUAACCAAACUACUUGCUCCUCUUGAGAAAGAUGAACAAUCUCUGAUGAAGCUUGAUGCCAUCUUUGCAGCACUGGGUGUAGAUACAGAGGAUGACAUCUAUCUGCUGUCAAACUACUUCCUUGGUCAUGGAGAGAGUGAACAAGCACCAGAAGGGAGCGAGAGAGGAACUAAGGAUGAUGAGAUGACAGAAGAGAAGGCAACCAUUGAAGAAACAGCUGGCAAAAUGGAUGAAAGAGAAAAGGAAGAUGAAGAUGGAUCUGUAGUGUUGAGUGUAGACGAGAAGGCGAGCGAUUCAUCAUCUGUCAAAGCGCAUUUGUCAGAAAUGAAGAACCUUAUUCACCCAAAUGAAGUUGCAAAAGCUUUAAGAAAAUUUGUGCAAGACAACCGCCAACCACAGAAGGAAGCUAAGCGGCAAAGUUUAAAGGUGGGAGCUGGAAUUGGAAAAGUGACCAUGCUUGAUGAAAGUUUCUGGCAAAAUAUGGCUUCAGUAAUAGAUGUAAAGAAAGAGCGAGUUUGGACAGCUUUGUUAGAUGGAUUUGAAAAGUAUUUGGCAGUGCUGACAGAGAGGGCGGCUCUGAUACAAGAAACAGAUGCCCUCAAACAGCAGAAUGCAGAGCUAAGGAUGUUGCUGCAUCAGUAUGUGAACUCCAGAGUAAAUCAAGAGCUUGAAAUUCCACCCACCAGGAUACUCCAGGCAGAGCUAUCCAAAGAACAUGAAUGAACUGUACAUUAAGCUUGUAAACAUCCCUUGUAGAAGUGUGUCAUAUUUAUUAUAAUAAAAAUAUACAAAUUUGA